AAACCAUCGUCGAACGUUAUUCCCUGCAAAAAAUCCAAAACAACAUUUUACUGUCAAUAAACGAGGAGUUGCACAACAGUGAGGAAAACAUAACUUUGAAAGAAAACGACGAAAUAGCCAUUAUACCCCCUUUAAGCGGAGGCUAAUCAUGACUAACCAUAUUAGUUUUAAACAUGAGCCACUAGACAUUCAAGAGAUUACUGGUUUGGUGACGGCAGCCUCUUGUGGAGCUAUUUCAUUAUUUGUGGGUACGACCCGAGAUAAUUUUGAUGGGAAAACUGUGAUUAAGUUGGAAUAUGAGGCAUAUGAAUCUAUGGGGAUGAAGGCUAUGGAGAAAAUUUGUCAGGAUAUUAGGAAGCAGUGGGUGGAUGUUGAAAAUAUUGCAAUAUUUCAUAGAUUAGGAAAAGUUCCAGUUAAAGAGGCCAGUAUAAUAAUUGCAAUUUCCUCACCACACCGAGAUGAUGCCUUAAAAGCAACUGAAUUUUGCAUAAACAGUGUAAAAAAAUCAGUUCCCAUAUGGAAAAAAGAAAUUUAUUCAAAUAAUGAGGCAGCUUGGAAGGAGAACAAAGAAUGUCAGUGGUCAACCCCAUAUCCACCGAAAAGGAAAAAAAUUAAAUUUGAAAUUGUUCAAGAGGUGCAGACUAACUACAUCCCACCUCAUCUUGUACAGAUUAGGGCCGCGAAUGCAGAUUUAAACGCGAGAAUCGAGAAAUUCAUGGAGAGAAAACGAGAUGAGAUUAACAUCCAUAACAAUACAGAAUUUUUCAUAAAGCAGAGAGAUCCAGAGGAAUGUUGUGCCAGGGUGGAUGCUAUUGUAUUAAAGAGAAAGGACUGCAAAAGCCAUUUACAAGUUGAACGAGUUUUAAAUACGUAUCACAGAGACCAAAAGAAUUCUGAUUAUAUGACAAAGUACAUUCCAAAAAAUGGAAUCGAGGAAAGAUUGCAAAUUUUAGAGACUCAGCUCAGUUUGGACAAAGCUGUUCCUAAAAAUAUUUACCAGAGAUUGAAACAUUUGGAAGAUCGACUGUUACUUUUGGAAAGUCUUUCGCCGGAAUACGUUGGAUUUUGGGAUAAAACAAAUUUACCUACAAAAUCUGUAAAGAAGAAGACGUUUUUGACUAGCGAAAUCGAUGAACUCAUAGCUGAAAUAGAGAAAAAAUGUGCCAAGAGAGCAUAAUUUAUUUAUUUUUACUUUCAAUUAAAUAAUCUUAUUGUUAAGUAACAUUAGGAGAAGAAUAAAGCACUCAGUAACACUAGA